UACAUUAGGCAAUUCCGUAAUCUUAUUUAAUGAAAUAAUGAAGCACAUUAAUAAUAUAUUUAUGGUUGGUUUAAUAAAAAGUUUAUUAUAUAUUUAGAUGGACCAACAUAUUUCUCUAAGGAUUCUAAGAAUCAUUCUAGUGAUGACACGUGGCUACAAAAAAAUGUUGCAAUGUUUCUCAAAUAAUAUAUAGGGGAUAUCAUGUUAGGUUUAUUAAACUUCUGAUCUAAAAUCAAUUAAAAUGAUUGUAUUGGUCUACAUCUCUUAUAUACUAUUCAAAGUUUUCUAAACUUCCAAUAUAGAUAUAUUUAAUUUACACAUUCUUUAGAGACUAAGAGUUAUGAUCCAUUAAUUCGUAGUUAAUCUUUACAAAUCUCAACCAAAGACUUCACCAUGUGUGAUCAAAACAAAACAAAACAAAACAAAAAGACUCCACCAUGUGUACAUGUAAGUGUCAACGACAAGUCUACAUAAAGGCUAAUAGGUCAACAAGACCACACAACAUUUCUUACUAUUAGUUUGCAAAGGCUGUUCGUUGGGGAUUUCCUCGUCUUCAUCUCUCUCUCCUCUCUUCUUUUUCUCUAUAUAAUUCUCAUCUCUCACAUUUUUCUUUUAUUGCAUUCUCCAACUAAACCUCGAAUUCCAUUUACCUUACCUCUAUUUUCUUCUUCUUCUUACUAUCUUCAAUAGCAAUGGAUAACACCGACCGUCGUCGCCGUCGUAAGCAACAGAAAGUCACUCUCCAUGACUCUGAAGAAGUGAGCAGUAUCGAAUGGGAGUUUAUCAACAUGACAGAACAAGAAGAAGAUCUCAUCUGUCGAAUGUAUAGACUUGUAGGUGACAGGUGGGAUUUAAUAGCAGGAAGAGUGCCAGGAAGACAACCAGAAGAAAUAGAGAGAUAUUGGAUAAUGAGAAAUAGUGAUAGCUUUGCUGAGAAACGACGCCAACUUCAUCACUCCUCUCACAAAAAUACCAAACCUUACCGUCCACGUUUUUCAGUUUAUCCUUCUUAGUUUUUAGUCAUUAUAUUUAUUCUGUUUUCUGCCCACAGCCACAAAAAAAAAAUUUGAUAGAUGAGUUGUAGUAUUAUUAAGGGUAACGUUUAAAAAUAUUAGCGUAACGAAAUUAUUAUGUUUGUAUGUCUU